AUGAUACGUGGAUCAAAUUUAUCAUCAUCAUAUAAACCACAAGUAAAAAGAAUAAAUAGAAGACGACAACAACUACCAGUCAAUGAAACAACAAGAUUAAACGACGAAGAACAUCCAACGCCACGUUCCGCAACAUUAUCAUCAAUACCAAAAGUAACAAGAAUCAGUCAUAUAUCUCUUGGUAGUAGUACUGUCGGUCCAAUAACAACAAAAAAAUUAAAUGAAACAAAAAAUACUAAACCAAGAGUACAUCGAAUUAACAAUCGAAUACCAUUACAAGUUAACACUGUUAAUCCACUGAAUAAUGAAGCAGAAGAACAAAAAUCAGCAACAGCAACAACUUCAGCGCAUUCAUCCGAUAUUAUUUCUACUUCAAUAAAAUCAUCAUCAACGCGCAAUGAAAGCAAUGAAUCACAAUCCAAGUUGGCUAAUGAUAAUCUAUUUCAUCAGACAGAAGAAAAAACUACCACAAAAACAAAUGUGGAACGUUGUAAUAUAUCAUCAGAGGAAGAAAAAAGAAAAAGAAAGCGUCGAUUAAAACGGUUUGGAAAACUGCCAUGCUCGCUGGCAUGUUGUCUCCGAAGUUUAUUGGCACUUGGUUUAAUACUGGCGGCUUUGGCAGCUGGUUUGACUGUUCUGUUUACUAGUUUAGCGAACAAGACAACAGCGACGACAAUGACACCAUCAACUACGACCUUCACAACUUCAACGUCAACCACAGAAAGUACAAUAACAACUUCAACGUCCACGUCAUCCAGUAGCUCAAGUACAUCUUCAACAUCAACAUCGACAUCGUUUCAAGUACAAGCAGUUCAAGUACGUCAAGCUCAACAACCUCGACAAGCACAUCAACUACAAGUAGCACAACAAGCUCAAGUAGUAGUUCAACAUCGUCGACAACAAGCACCACGUCAGAAACUACAAGUUCAAGCUCAAGUACUUCAAGUACGACAAGUUCUACAUCAUCAACAACAAGCAGCACUUCAACAACAACGAGCAUAUCCACGACUACCUCAUCUUCCACAUCGACAACAGCUACCACAACAAGCACAAGCAGUUCAAGUACAACAACAUCAACCAGUUCUAGCUCUAGCUCAAGUUCAUCCACAACAACAUGUACAACAAGCUCCUCGUCAUCAACCAGCAGCUCGACAACAACAAGUAGCACUACAAGUUCAACAUCAUCAUCAACAACAACCACCAGCAGUAGCACUUCAACAACAACGACAAGCACAGCGACUACAACAACAUCAAGCACAACUACAAGUUCAAGUACCAGUAGUUCAACAACAUCAAGAACAACAACAACCAGUUCGACGAGUAACAUUGCUUUUUCCAAUAUCAGGACCAUGUUUAAAACCAAAAGUUUUCAUAAAUGAUGUGUUUCAAAUGUCUGUACCUAGUAGAGAACAAAUAUAUGUAGCAGUCAGUCGUUUGCGCGACGACAUAGGAUGUGAAGCAGAUCAGAUCAGUCUACAACAACCAGUACAUCAACAACAACGACCAGUUCAUCAAGUGAGUAGACUACAUUUGAUAAAGUGUAAUAGAUCUCUUCCUUCUCGAAAUUUAAACUAUGUUCUAGCAUCAACAUCAACGUCAUCGACUACAACGACUACUUGUGGAGCAGCUGCAACUACUGCAUGUUCACCAGUUUGUACACCAUGUAUAUUAUCAACAUCUGGUUUGCUCAUGUCUUUAACGCAGGCAAAUGCUUCAGUUUGGACUGGUACAGUUGGUAGCUACCCCACAAUUGGUGGAUAUGCUAAUUAUACAUACAGUUGGAUUGCACCUGGCAGUACAGCUACAAUUAAAUUUGCAUUUUAUACAGCUUCAUCAAAUGAUUAUUGGGAUUUUGAUACAGCUUCUGUUAAAGAUACAGCUAAUAAUGAACAAUUAGUAAACGGUGAUUUUAAUUAUAAUAAUUCAACUGGUUGGACAUUGUCAUGUCGAACUGGUUGCUCAUCUGUUCAACGUUAUGGUGUAUUAGGAUCACCAAAUUUGUGGAUUGGUUGUACUGGUACUGGUGUUUAUCAGUAUGCAAGUCAAACAUUUUCAACUGUACCAUGUAUGACAUACAGGGUUAGCUAUCAGAUUGCUCUGUAUUAUCAUGGUGGUGGCACUGCUAAUGCAUAUAUUUAUAUUAAUUAA